AUGUCCGCGCACCGGCGCGAGUCGUUCGACGGCGCGGGUGUGGGCACGAUGGAGCCGAUCAGCCCGUCGAGCGUGCCCGGGCUCGGGUUUGACGAGGACGCGUUCGAGGACGACCGGGAGUCGGAGGGGUCGUCGCUGCCAUCGGCGGCGUCGGAGGUGCAGCGGCGGGACGUGGACUGGUACCACGCGCCGCUCGCGCAGGCGCCCCAGCACCACCUCGAGCAGCACCAGAGUCAGGUGCAGGGGAGCCCUGAGUCGGAGCGGGAGCAGCCUGAGGGCAGCCUGGUGACGCCGCCAGGCGAGGGGGUCGGCGAGCAGCGGGGGCCGGCGAAGAAGCGCAAGAUGCACCAGUGCACGGUCUGCUUCAAGAUGUUCCCGCGGCCGAGCGGGCUCGCGAUGCACAUGAACUCGCACGCGGGCGCGAAACUGCCCGGUCCUGACGUGCACAAAGCCGUUUGCGGUCCGGUCGAACGCAAAGCGGCACCUGCGCACGCACGGAAUUUUCCCCUCGGUGGAGCACGGCUCAAGACCUUCCUCGUGCACGAGGUGAAGCGGCUCCCGCCGAAGCUGCGCUGGGUGCUGUCUGCGCUCUCGACCCGGACGAACGCCGGGGCGCUCCCGCGCACGGCGAACUCGGCUGCCGGUUCUGCGAUCUUGGCAGCGAUUGGUGCGACGCUGCAGAACACGAACGUGGAGCUUGGGCUGAAGUGCUCACCGAUCGACGUGGUCGCUGUCGGGUCGGGCAACGCUUGCACGACCAACACGGUGUGCUGCAAGAACAACAACAUCGGUGGCGGCGUGUCCGCUGGCUGUGUCCCGGUCACGCUCUAA